GCGAGGCGCAGCGCUACCCCUGAGCCAGCCCGGCCGCCGGCGUGUCGCUGGGGCUGAGCUCCGCGGGUGUGAGGAGUCCCUGCAGCUCUGGGCAUGAGGAGGUUCCUGUAGGAUUCGGGACCGAAGACAUUCUUGUCAGGUUUGGGGCGUGAGGAGGUUGCUGUCAGUUGGGGAGGCGUGAAGAGAUUCUCCCAUCAUCCAGAGAGGACGCGUGCCGCUGCCUCCCGCCCCUCUUCACACCACGAACCUGGCCCGCCACAGAACCCUCCAAGGCCGGGCGAAGAUGGCCUCGGUGCCGGUGUAUUGCCUCUGCCGGCUGCCUUACGAUGUGACCCGCUUCAUGAUCGAGUGUGACAUGUGCCAGGACUGGUUUCAUGGCAGUUGUGUUGGUGUUGAAGAGGAGAAGGCUGCUGACAUCGACCUCUACCACUGCCCCAACUGCGAGGUUUUACAUGGGCCCUCCAUUAUGAAAAAACGCCGUGGAUCUUCAAAAGGGCAUGAUACACACAAGGGGAAGCCAGUGAAGACUGGGAGCCCUACGUUCAUUCGAGAGCUCCGGAGUAGGACUUUUGACAGCUCAGAUGAAGUGAUUCUGAAGCCCACUGGAAGUCAGCUGACUGUGGAAUUUCUGGAAGAGAAUAGCUUCAGUGUGCCCAUCCUGGUCUUGAAGAAGGAUGGUUUGGGGAUGACGCUGCCCUCACCGUCAUUCACUGUGAGAGAUGUGGAACACUAUGUUGGUUCUGACAAAGAGAUUGAUGUGAUUGACGUGACCCGCCAGGCUGACUGCAAGAUGAAACUUGGUGAUUUUGUGAAAUAUUAUUACAGUGGGAAGAGGGAGAAAGUCCUCAAUGUCAUUAGUUUGGAAUUCUCAGAUACCAGGCUUUCUAACCUUGUGGAAACACCCAAGAUUGUUCGAAAGCUGUCAUGGGUCGAGAACUUGUGGCCGGAGGAGUGUGUCUUUGAGAGACCUAAUGUGCAGAAGUAUUGCCUUAUGAGUGUGCGGGAUAGCUAUACAGACUUUCACAUUGACUUUGGUGGCACCUCAGUCUGGUACCAUGUACUCAAGGGUGAGAAGAUCUUCUACCUGAUCCGCCCAACAAAUGCCAAUUUGACUCUCUUUGAGUGCUGGAGCAGUUCUUCUAAUCAGAAUGAGAUGUUCUUUGGGGACCAGGUGGACAAGUGCUACAAGUGUUCCGUGAAGCAAGGACAGACACUUUUCAUUCCUACAGGAUGGAUCCAUGCUGUGCUGACUCCUGUGGACUGCCUUGCCUUUGGAGGGAACUUCUUACACAGCCUUAACAUCGAAAUGCAGCUCAAAGCCUACGAGAUUGAGAAGCGGCUGAGCACAGCAGACCUCUUCAAGUUCCCCAACUUUGAGACCAUUUGUUGGUAUGUGGGAAAGCACAUCCUGGACAUCUUCCGAGGUUUGCGAGAGAACAGGAGACACCCUGCCUCCUACCUGGUCCAUGGUGGCAAAGCCCUGAACUUGGCUUUUAGAGCUUGGACAAGGAAAGAAGCUCUGCCAGAUCAUGAGGAUGAGAUCCCGGAGACAGUGCGGACUGUACAGCUCAUUAAAGAUUUGGCCAGGGAGAUCCGCCUGGUGGAAGAUAUCUUCCAACAGAACGUUGGGAAGACGAGCAAUAUCUUUGGGCUGCAGAGGAUCUUCCCAGCCGGCUCCAUUCCCUUAACCAAGCCAGCCCAUUCCACUUCAGUGUCCAUGUCCAGGCUGUCACUGCCCUCCAAAAGUGGUUCAAAGAAGAAAGACCCGAAGCCCAAGGAACUCUUCAAGAAGGCAGAGCGAAAGGGCAAGGAGAGUUCAGCCUUGGGGCCUGCUGGCCAAUUGAGCUAUAAUCUCAUGGACACAUACAAUCAUCAGGCACUGAAGACAGGCUCUUCCCAGAAAGCAAAGUUCAACAUCACUGGUACCUGUUUGAAUGACUCAGAUGAUGACUCGCCAGACUUGGACCUCGAUGGGAAUGAGAGCCCACUGGCCCUAUUGAUGUCUAAUGGCAGUACCAAGAGGAUGAAGAGCCUAUCCAAGUCUCGGCGAGCCAAGAUUGCAAAGAAGGCAGAGAAGGCUAGGCUGGUGCCAGGACAGGUGAUGGAGGAUGAAUUUGACCUGGAUUCAGAUGAUGAGCUGCAGAUUGAUGAAAGAUUGGGAAAGAAGGCGACCCUGAUAAUAAGACCAAAAUUUCCCCGGAAAUUACCCCGUGCAAAACCUUGCUCUGACCCCAACCGAGUUCGUGAACCAGGAGAAGUUGAGUUUGACAUUGAGGAGGACUAUACAACAGAUGAGGACAUGGUGGAAGGGGUUGAAGGCAAGCUUGGGAAUGGGAGUGGAGCUGGUGGAAUUCUUGAUCUGCUCAAGGCCAGCAGGCAGGUGGGGGGACCUGACUAUGCUGCCCUCACUGAGGCCCCAGCCUCUCCCAGCACUCAGGAGGCCAUCCAGGGCAUGCUAUGCAUGGCCAACCUGCAGUCUUCAUCGUCCUCACCGGCUACCUCCAGCCUGCAGGCCUGGUGGACCGGGGGGCAGGACCGAAGCAGCGGGAGCUCCAGCAGUGGGCUGGGCACAGUGUCUAACAGUCCUGCUUCCCAGCGCACCCCAGGGAAGCGGCCCAUCAAGCGGCCAGCAUAUUGGAGAACUGAGAGCGAGGAGGAGGAGAACGCCAGUCUGGAUGAACAGGACAGCUUGGGAGCAUGCUUCAAGGAUGCAGAGUAUAUCUACCCUUCCCUGGAGUCUGAUGAUGAUGACCCUGCUUUGAAAUCUCGAACGAAGAAAAAGAAGAAUUCAGAUGAUGCUCCAUGGAGUCCUAAAGCCCGUGUGACCCCAACUCUACCAAAGCAGGACCGUCCUGUGCGUGAGGGGACCCGGGUAGCUUCCAUUGAGACAGGCUUGGCUGCAGCAGCUGCAAAACUGGCCCAGCAGGAGCUUCAGAAGGCCCAAAAGAAGAAAUAUAUCAAGAAGAAGCCUUUGCUGAAGGAGGUGGAACAGCCUCACCCUCAAGACUCCCAUUUCAGUGUGACAGUACCAGCCCCAACUCUGGCCACUACACCACAGCUUCUCACCUCCUCCUCACCCCUGCCUCCUCCUGAGCCUAAACAAGAGGCCCUGUCAGGAAGUCUUGCUGACCACGAGUAUACUGCUCGUCCCAAUGCCUUUGGCAUGGCCCAGGCAAACCGGAGCACCACACCUAUGGCCCCCGGUGUCUUCUUGACCCAGCGGCGCCCUUCAGUUGGCUCCCAGAGCAAUCAGGCAGGACAAGGAAAGCGUCCCAAAAAGGGCCUAGCCACAGCAAAACAGAGACUCGGCCGUAUCCUGAAAAUCCACAGAAAUGGCAAACUACUUCUGUGAGCCCUCUUGUGUCCCACCCCCCACCCCUUCACCCCCAUUGCUUUCUCCGUUGUCAACUCUCGGGGCGCUCCUGGAUCCUAUCUGCCCUAGACGAGGUGCUGAGGCGCAUUGUCCUGCUUUCUUGGGACUGACCAAAGGCACGGACUCCCCCAUGGGCCCCUCUGCCAACUCCCCCAACUCCCUCUCCCACUUUCAUUUGAGCAUCCUGCCUUUUUUCUCCAUACCUCUGAGUAGCAGGUAAAUGGAGAGGUUUCCAGCUGACUAGUGUCCUCUUUUUUACUCUUCCAGCCCAUUUCCCUUUCACCUGCCUUGUCUGUCCUUUAUUCCUAUCCCUCCCUAGAGCUGAAAGGCAGGAUGAGGAGAGGCAUGAGGAGAGCCUGAGCCCUUUGAUAUUUCUCUGGCCACAAAGUGGGAAGCCCAGGGCUCAACACUCUGCAACUCCAGCCCUGUCUCCAGAAGCCUACCCACCUCCACCCAUUCUUCCUUCCCCUACGUCCCCCAAGUCCAGUGGAUGUGCCCCACCUCCAGACUCAUUCCUGGGAGAAAGCUGUGGUCCCUGCCCCCUCUUGCCAAAUGCUUCAUGGAAAUAAAGAGGAGGGCCCAGUGUCUCCUUACUGCCCCACUGUGGGCCAUUUCCGGAGGUGGCCUAGAAAGGCUGACCAAACUUAUCCUUGAGAAGAAACUAGAUUCCUGUCACUUUUCAAGGUGGAGAGAGGACAGACACCCAAGCCUUUGACCAUGAUUUUGUAGCCCAUUGGAGGAGGCUACUUUUGGCUGGCUACACAUUAAGUCCCUUGGUGAGCUCCAGGGAUUUGUCUGGAUUUUGAGGUCCUGCAGAACAUUAUCCACGUGGCUGUGGCUGGGCUCCAACGGGUGAAAAACAUCUCCCAGAAACCUGAGAGUACCUGCCACUGAAGCAGAUAACCCUGGUCCAACAGCCUGCUCCCUGUACCUAUACCACAGAGCACAGCCGGGACCUUCUGGAGGGGAUGUGGCAGAACAGCCUACCCCUGGGUCCUCCAUUGGGAACCUCUAUGCUUCUUUCUCCACUGAGGUCUUGGUCUGAAGAAGACCUCAGGACUCAUAUCUUCACUCCUUGGCCUUCGCACUUCCAGAUGACAGGUCACCAUUCAAGCAAAGUGCAGACAGGCCACUCAGAGCCCAAGCCAAGGAGAAGAGAUGCCCAUCUCUUGAAGGAGCAGAAAUCUGAUCCUCCCUUCCCCUCUCUUUCCUUUGUGGAUGGUCUCCAUUGUCCAGACAGUGCCCCCACCUCCCACCUGUCUUGCUUCACUGGCAAUCUGGACUUGAUGGAGAGUGGCCCUCCUCCAUUUGGCACUGCCCAAGUGGAGUGUUUCUUUGCCCUCUACCACCCACUCCAACCUCACCCCAGCUUGCCCACUGCUUCUGGGGAAUUCAACAGCUACCAUGCAGGUCACAGGGAAUUUGUGAGGCUUCCUUUGUCAUUUUUGUGUCUGCAGUUUGUUUUUCUUUUCUCCAUAGCCCCGCCUCCACUCCUUCCUUGGAAUCAGGGGCUCCUUUAGCCCGUUUGCUUUUUCUACCUUGGGGACCCCAGGGGCCAAGCAGUUCUCCAUCUAGUCACACCAAAGGCAAAAAGCCUGGCUACCUCCCUCCUAGCACAUGAGGUCCCUACUCCCCUCCUCUCUGUUUCUACCCAGCUUUGCUUAUUUUGGGGAUUUCAAGGCAGCAGAGGGUAGUGAGGGGAGAGCAGGAGAAUCCUCUGUCCCUGUGUAGGCAACUGCCUGACUAGGCACUGACUGCUAUAACCAAGACCAGGUCCCCAGCCCUUUUGUCCAUUAACAGCCUCUCUUGAUCUUUCAAAGGCAGCUAAUUGCUUGCAAAUCCCUGAUUCCCGGCCUCUUUCACCUCUGUUUCUUUGUUAGAAGUUUCUGUGGAACUGAAACCCAGCCUCCAUUUGACUGGGUUUCAUUUAGUUGAGCCUCCUGUUUGUUUUGUGUUGUUUCCAAUGAAAAGCAAGUUUACCCUCAGAGUUAAUGCUUUUCCAAAGAGGCUAAUGUUUUUGUUUUUGUUUUCUUAUUGUUUCAGGUUUAAGUGAAGUGAGUUGGGGAGGGGUUGGGAGUGGUAGUAACCAAGGUUUAGAACGUGAUGAGAUAGUUACCUCUGAUCUCCAAUCCUCAGCAGAGAGCUGAGGGUUCGGAUAGGGGGCAGGGAGAGAGGAUUUCUAUUCACCUUUAAUAUAUUUUUACAAAAAAGCAAACAAUUUAAAAACAAGCCCACUGCUUCUGUACAUGUCUAAAUAUAUUUUUAGAAGUGGGUAGGAUUGUGAAUUUCUGAUGCAGGGCCUUUUUAUAAAUAGGUUAGAGUAGCAUCAUCCAGACUUCUCUGUUGGUUUUUUUUUUCCUUGUUUUUUCUUGUGUUACUAAUGUAAUUUAUAUUUUUUUUAGAUCCUCCCUUUCCUAUAGAGAUAAAAGUGAUUUAUCUUGGCAA